GUGGUUUCUUUUCGUUUUGUGAAAUUGCAAGUCCGUAUUUUAGACAAUCUCACUCCCAAGAUGGCAUACAAAGUUUUUCGUCGAACAAGAAAAGUUUCUUGCAUGAAUAUUCUUUAACAUGAAAGAUUCAUGCAAGGAACUUUUUGCUCUGAAAAAACACUUCUGAGUUCAGUUUCCGGUAUUUUCCCUUUUUCGCAACAUUAAAUCAGACAUCAUGGCUGACGAUGCAGGCCACAAAGCCAUGUUGUACUUCCUGGAGAUUCUGAUGAACAGCCCCGCCCCCCUCACCAUCAGUCAGCUGGCUGGGCGAUUCGGAAGCAGAAACUUCACCUCAGAGAUGAGGCAAGCUGCUGGGGGAAACGAAACUGGACUGAAGAAAUUUCUUCAAAAAUAUCCUUCUCUUUUCACAGUAAAUGGAAACUUGGUGUGCUUAAAUGACGGAACAGCCUCACUUGGGAGUAACUUUCGUGAAAGCAGUCCUGCUUCGUCCACAGGUCUUCCAGAAGUUUCGGUGGAGACGGAGGCAGUCCAGUAUUUCAGAGGUAAAAUGAUGAAGAAGGGCGAAAAGUGGAUGCCGAUCAACAGUCUGGCCGGGCACCUGUCCCAGGCUAGUGUUGAAAUCCGGGAAUGUGUCGGACCACAAAGUGAAUUCAGAGAUUGGCUCUUGAGACAUCCUCUAAUUUUCGAAAUUGAGGGAGAGAAUGUCAGCCUAAAAGAUAACAUCACAUACAGUGCUAUCAAUCCAAAUGCAGAAGCCAUCGAAGACGUAGAAUUGAAGUCUAGGUUUAACCAGGACAAAGAGCAGUUUGUUCCGCCUAUCACCCCAAAGAGCAAACGCAGACCCAAAUCUUUGGACAUGCUGGAACCUAGGUCCCCUCUCAUGUCCCCAAGGUCACCAAUGGUCAACAAAAAUCUCCCUACCCCCAGCCCCAACCCCAGGUCUGGACCAGCUACAAUGACUGCUAAUGAGUACAAGGCUGUGAUGUUCAUUAAAAGCAUCAUAGAGAAGAAGGGGGAUAUGAAGCUAGCUGCUCUUACCGGUCAUUUUAGCCAGGCUCCAGAGAGUCUAAGGAACACCAUUGGUUGGACUAAGAGUGAUCUGAGUAAAUUCCUUGCAGAUCAUGGUAACAUCUUUACCAUUACUGAAGAUGAGGUGGUGUCUGUCAUUAAGAAUGCAAGGCUUAAUGUUAUAAUUACAGGCAGCCGACCUCAAGUUAGCCCCAAGCCUGUCGUCACGGCCAGAAAGGGGCGAAUAUAUCACAUUGCCAAACUGUGGGGCAUUAUUGAUCUUGGUCGUCAUGAGCAUGUCUUUAUCGACAGAAAUAUAUUUGGAAAGCACAUUGACGACCUGAAUAAGGUUUUGACUGUUGGAGAGAUGGUUUGCUUUGAUGCAAUUCCUGCCCCCAAAGGCAGCAGAGCUAGAUGGAGAGCCACGAAGGUUUGGAAGGAGAAUGAGUCCAUAGAGGAUCUGAUAGAGAAGGUUGCCACAAGGCUGCAGCUGCCUAUAGAUGGCAUUCCUUACAAGGAGCCUCCUAGUCCUAUAGCUAACAUUGAUGAAGAAAUGCGUAGGAUUAUUCCAGAGUUAAAUGAUAGCAGUAUUACAGCUGUGCCUAUAAGUGUGGGCGGAAUCAAAUACGCCUUUGCUGAUGCUGUUCCAAGUGGAACGGGGGUCGUUCCAGUUUGGAACUUCAAACAUGCAGAGCUUGAAGGCAUGAAAGAUGUUGAUGAUUUAGAUCUAAGUGAUGAAAACGAAUCUCCCAAUCUGUCGAUGGUGGCUGAGAGGUAUUACAUGAACAGAUCUGUGCUGGGGGACAGCCCAAGGGAGGAAAAGUCCCUCACAAACGGCCACAUCGACGAAUCGGUGCUGGUAUUAGCAAAUGACGAAAAGCCACAAGAAGCCCCUGCCUCCCCCGUGAAGAAGACAGCUGAGGCAGGGUGUCAGACAAUCGUCACCGGGGAAGUUCUUGCCACUCAGCUUUUUCAUGAAGAGUUCUGAUCACGUUUUGGUCUGUACAAGCACACGUAAUGAGAUUUGUACCUUCACGAGCACUGGUUUCUUAGCUGAAACGUGAAUAUUGAGGUUUUUGUGCAAUGGAUAUUUAUUUUAUUUGUUUUUAAGCCCUCUGUCUUAUGUCUGGUGAUUGUGCACCAAGGAUCGCGACCAGAGUUUUGGAAUGGUUUGCUUAUGGUUUCUAUUUAUUAUUAUAUUUUACUAUAAGAAUUUUUACCUGUAUGGUUUGUGCUAGUAGUGACGAGGAAGUUUUGUGCAUCAGUGUUCAUCCUUUACACUUGUUGGUUUUUUUUUUACCUCUGGUAAUUUUUUUCUAUUGCUUCCAUUAAUUUAAAUGAUGUUUUACUUUACAUGCAUUGUUGUUAUAAUAUUGAUAAAACCUUAAUCAAUUUUGGUAAAUUUUCUUUUAAGAAAUUAUGGAAGUAUGAAUUUUGAUAAAAACCAACUUAAUUUGUCAUAUUGUUUUUUGUUGACAUGGCCACAACGAAAUUCCAUGCCCAACAUCUGUAAAAAAAAUUGUAACAAUUUCAGUGAAUUGGGAAUGGUAUGUGAUUUUUGACUGCUAACUAAAGAGAUGCUAAUCCAAUCUUGGAGGAUGCAAACCCUCAUUUGUUGUAUUUUCAAUCAAUUUUGUGCUCGUUUCAUGCCAUUAUUUGUGUGCUAUUCUGAAUGGACAUUACCAUUGAACUUUUGUGCCUUUGUCUCUGCAUUCAAAGCAUUUUAGUGACAUGAGUAUUGAAAAUUAGUUUUUCUCAUCUAUCAAGAUUUUUUUGAGGGCUAGUUAGCUAGACCAGUUCCAAACGUUUGCAUGCUCUUUAGGAUUGCAGGUGUCAAGAUUUUGUGGAUUUAACGUAGUGUUCGUAUCAUAAGGAAAUUUGCCUUUUGGUUGUGAUACACUUGUUCCAGUAAACUAUUCAGUUUCAUGUAAACAAAGCUGUGCAUUGUUAGGUAUUGUACAUAUGCUAGUUUGUUUUCAGUGCUUAUGCAAAUCAAACCCAUUCUCCACAGACAAGGUGAGAUAACUGCGGAAUGAAAUACAGGGUAUGAAUGUGGGGCAGUGUGUUCUGGUGCAGUAUAUUUAUUUUUAUAAGGAUAAUCGAUUUAUAUUAAUUAAAAACACCUCAAUUAGUAUGGCUGGAGCUUCAUCCCUAGAGAUUGACUUGUUGUAGAAGGCUGUCUUUUCAGAAUCAGAUAUGCAAUUUUACAUUAGUGUCACAUUGUGAUCAAUGUUUUGUAUCAUUUUUUUUUAAACGUACACUUUUAGAAGUGUUACUCUUGAAAAGAGAGGUAUAUGGCUGUAUAUUUUUAAUAAUAAUAAUUUUUUACUGUAUAUUCAUCUUUUAAUUAUUUAUUGUAAUGUUUACUUCUUUGAUAAACAUGUUUAUCCACUUGCUUUGGAAGCAACGUUUUAUUAUAUAGAGCUGAUCAUCACAAAUUUCAAGUGAAGUAAGCAAAUAUUUUAGAAAUUUACUCUGGUUUUAAAUUAAAAUGAAUUUUUAAAAUCUCUUCUUGUUUGUACAUUACAUUUUUCACUGCCUUGGGCUGUUUCAUAAGGUGAGGAGUCAGCUUUUUUAUUUCUAUGUUCAGACUUCUUAAUAAUUUUGUUCAGCAUUCUAACCUUCAGCCUGUAUGGUGAAUUUUAUUCAUGUUGUCAGGUUUUGUAAAGAAAUGGUUAAAAUUGAAAUAAUUUUCUUGAUAUGUUUUAACGAUGAAGUGUGAGUGUGCAAUUUCUAAACUUAUUUACAUGGUUCCUCGUCUUUUAUGACUGCCAUAUCAAAUUUUUUUUCAGUGUCAAAAUUAAAUAAAUAUUUGUACAGUGUAUCAUAUGGUACUCUGUAAACGCAGGGAAGAUAUUAAUUUUUUAAUCGCUGUCUCUCAAAAAUCAGAAAAAAAUAUGAUAACAAAUUGCUAAUACUUCAUUCAUAACAAUAAUGUAAUUUCUCUACUCAUCCAAUUUUUUUGUAAGAUUGGUUGGUUGUGCCUCAGAGACAUUCAGUAUUCAUGAUAGAUGAGUUCAGGGGUUGGUAGACUCACACACUCAAAUCUAGUCAUCCCUGAUGACCAAGGGGAAUUUCGAAAGAAGACGAACCCUGUUUCGAGAAGCCUUCUAAAUUGUCUUCUUUGAAAACCAUUCUUUUUUUUCUGGAAGGCUUAUGUGAUAUUAAAAUUUACAGCAUAAUCCAUGCUUGACAAUAUUUCAUGUUACUUUAUAAUUUGAUUUUAAGAAAUUGAAAGAUGAUUUAUUUUGUAAUAAAUUAAAUUAGAAAAAUAGAACAGAUUAGUUGGUCAGAAUUCAAUUUUUUAGCCAUAUUGUAUCGAAGUUAGAUUUGUAAAAAAAGAAUCGAAUUUCAUGACGAUUGUCAAUUUCAAUUUAAAUUAUGUAGAACUAUUGGACAUUAUGUAAUCAAGACCACUGCAUAUUUUGUAAUUAUAGUUAACUCAUAUAUCUCUGUAUCUCAGCUACCUCAUAUCUCGUAAAUAAAAAACCUGGAAAAAUAUUGUAUCACUACCAACCAAAGAAAAUGUAGUACAUGUAAUUACUUUACUUAUUCCUGUAUAAUCUGGGGUUUUGUAACAGUUAUAUUGAUUAUUAUAUUGAUUAUAUAGAAAAAUAAGAAAACAGUUUGACCAAAGAGAAUUGGAAAAUUGUCUGAUAUUUACCGUCUGUUUAUAAAUUAUCUCAUUUUUCUUUCUCCAUUGUAUUUUUUUUCAAAAACCACACUUUUGGUCCAAACCAACGUCUGAUGUACAUAUGGUGUUAAAUUGUAUUUGCAAGCAUUGAAUAAAAAUGACAAAACUUGGAAUUUAUA